AUGCAUUCGGAGACGAAUUCGUCACCGCAGCAGCGGAUAAUUACAUCCGACCAGUGGGUUUUUGAUCGCAGAGGUGCUCGAGAUGAUACCAAGACGCCCAAUGGCGGACGCUCCAAACGCGCCACUUUGUCGAAACAAGAACGAGAUAUGCGGCGUAAACAACGUGAAAUUGAGACGGAACAACUGCAACAGGAGUAUGGCACGAUUCAAAGCGAAAACUCGCGGCUGAAAACCGUGAUAGCGAAGUUAAAACAAGAUAUCGAGGUUUACACGCAGCUUGUCAUAGAAUCCUCAAGAGGCCAUAAUAAUCGGGGUAAUACAGCUUCGGGGCUCGGACCAGACGCCCCAGGCGAUAUCAGUCGUAGCGAACUGCCGCCUAUGGAAACACUUUUGGUGAAUACCUCUAAACGACGCAAGCGCGGGCGAAAACCCCGCCAAUCUUUGCUUGACGGCACUACUGAACCAGCAACCGUCCCUGAUGUGGGCGAUGACGAUACAGCGUUUGGUGUGCUUAGAAAUACGCAUGCAGAUGUAAUGCUAGCUCCGGGUGCCACGGAUGUGGGACCGGAAGAGGUCGAUCUCAUGCAGAAACUGAAAAAUGUGCUUGCGGAGAUGGAAUAA